GUGGGUCAUGAAGCCAAUGAGGUGCGGGGGGCGUGUCCUGGGCGGAGCUGUGAUCAAGGGUCUGCGGGGGGCGGGUCCCGGUGCGGGGUCAAUGGGCGCGGGGGGGGGCUCGGCCGGUACCGGGAUGGUGCUGCCGGCGGCGGUUCGGGACCGAGUGGCCGCGGCUCACCGGGGCUCGGCGCUGCCCGAGCGUCUGCGGCUCUAUGACGGCUGGGCCGCCCGCUACGAGCAGGAUGUGGCGGCUCUGGAGUACCGGGCACCGCAUCUCGCCGCCGCCUCGCUCGCCUUCGCCUUCCCCGCGCCGCCCGCCGGGGCACGGSUGCUCGACGUGGCGUGUGGCACCGGGCUCGUAGCGCGGGAGCUCCACCGGCGCGGGUUCCGCUSCCUGCACGGCGUGGACGGCAGCGCGGGGAUGCUGGAGCGGGCACGGAGCACCGGGCUCUACCAGGAGCUGCGGCUCUGUGUCCUGGGCCGGGAGCCGCUGCCAGCGCCCGCAGAGCAUUACGACGCCGUGACRCUGGUGGGAGCCCUGGGCGAGGGGCAGGUGCCGAGCACGGUGCUGCCAGAGCUGCUGCGGGUCACCAAGCCGGGCGGCUUCCUGUGCCUGACCACAAGGAGCAACCCCUCGAACCUGCGGUACAAGGCGGGGCUGGAGGCGGAGCUGGAGCAGCUGGAGCGGAGCGGAGCCUGGCAGAAGCUGCUGGCCCAGGAGGUGGAGUACUGGGAGAGAGCCACCACCGAGGAGGAGAGCACCCAGGGCACCGGCUACAUCUCCGGGGUGGUCUACCUUUACCAGAAAUGCCCUGUGCCCCCGCUUGAGGAGGACUGAAAGCCAGCAUGGCUGUGGGGAGGGAUGAACACUUGGCCCCUUACGAAACUGAGUGCAGAGAGCCCCUCCUGGAGCAGGGCAGCUGCUGGGGGCUGACAGAGUUUUGGGGCAGUGUCCCCAAUCCCUUCCCUGCCUCCUUCUCCCCGAGGUCUGGGCUUGGGGACCUUGUCUGCUCCUCAGCACAGGGAGGGUCUCUUGGUUUCACCAGGGUCUCCAGCGUACCAUCUUUAGCUCUGACAUUCAGGUAUUGUCCCCAACAUCUCAAUGCUCACCAUGACAUCUCGCAGACCCCCAUGGCUGUUCCAAGGCAUCUCCAGUCCAGGAUGUUUUCUCCCCACCUUGCCCACCUCAGACUCAUGGCCAAAAUCUGGAUCCUUCUUCAUCUCCCACCCCCAGAGCCCCGUGGUCUUUACCUGGGGACUGUUGGAGUUGGGUGCCCAUYGCUGUGUCUGGUGGCCUCCCAUCCUCAUCCUCCCCAGGGUUUAACCCAGCCCUGAGGUGCUGGGGCCUCCACAUCCACGGUGCCAAGGUUGGAGAGGCUUUUCAAGCACCACAUCCGCCUUUCAUCCCACAACAGCUGCUUGAAUCUCUCAUUUUCCCACAGCUUUGUAGUUAAUGGUCUGGGUGGGAAGUGAGUUUGGAAGGGAUUUGGGGAGGUGGUGGCUGCUCCCCACCCAGGAGCCACCCAGCACUGCCUGCCCAGCCUGUUCCCCCAGCCCCUUGCUGGGCUGCCUCCACAAUUCCUCUUCCACURCUCCCUUGGGAAGUUUUUUACCCAAAUCUCUUGCUGGAAUAUUUGGAUUUUUUUCAUUUUUCCCUUCCCUCAGACUUGUUCCUGCUCAUCCUGUUCCCAUCUCCCUGGGGAACAGGUUGCAUCCUUCCCCUCAGGAGYUCUUCCGUGGCGUGAGGCAAUGGCUGUGUCUGUCCCUGUCCCUCAUCCAGUGCAUCCCACAUCUCCCACUCUCACCCUCCCCAUGSCUGUUGCCACCCUUUGGCUUUGUGCCCCAUGUUUUGGGAUCACUGUGCCCAUCAGUAGCUGUCCUACUGCCCCCUCCCCCGUUUGUCUCCAGCUCUGUCCCCGGGGCAGCUGGGGGCUGUGGCUGUUCCCAGCCCUGCCCUUGCCUGUUCAAUAAAGCCCUGUCCCUGC